UGCACACUGACACACACAGAUAGUGUGCUCACACAUUGUGCGGCUGCAGGCAACAGCAUUUUGAAUUUGUUGUCUCUCCAGGAACGUAAUGCAGCAACUUUAAUACACAUUCUCCGGGACUGGUGAUUUUCAGUAAAACAGAUUCUUGCCAGUGUGGAGCACCACUCACUGUCUGUGAGCCUCCUGUUGUGUUGGAUCUUCAUCUCAUCAUCCUUGACAUCAUCAACAUGAUUUUAAGCAUUGCUCUUAUCUGGGCUGUAGUAGUGGGAUUUUGCUGCCUCCUGUGGCUCGCCUUGGGGAUAAGACACAGGCAACCCCGUGAGCCUGCAGUGGAAAACGGCUUCAUCCCCUACUUGGGUUGUGCUCUGCAGUUUGGGGCCAACCCCCUCCAAUUCCUCCGCAGCCGCCAGAAGAAGUAUGGACACAUUUUCACCUGCAAGAUUGCUGGCCAGUACAUCCACUUCCUCUGUGACCCCUUCUCCUACCAUUCAGUCAUCAGACAGGGGAGACAUCUAGACUGGAGGAAAUUCCAUUUUGCUACGUCUGUCAAGGCAUUUGGCCAUGACAGCUUCGACCCUCGCCACGGCCACACCACGGAGAACCUCCACCAAACCUUUCUGAAAACCUUGCAGGGUGAAGCUCUCCCCUCCCUGAUAGAGACAAUGGUGGGCCACCUUCAGGAUGUCAUGCUGAAAUCUGACACACUCAGGCCCAGCAAAAACCACUGGGAGGUGGAUGGCAUCUUUGCUUUCUGCUACAAGGUGAUGUUUGAGUCUGGUUACUUGACUCUGUUUGGUAAAGAGCUUGGUGACGAUAAGUGUAAGGCUCGGGAGGCAGCUCAGAAAGCCCUAGUGCUCAAUGCUUUGGAGAACUUCAAAGAAUUUGACAAGAUCUUCCCGGCACUUGUGGCUGGCUUACCCAUUCAUGUUUUCAAAAGUGCCUACAGCGCCAGAGAGAACCUAGCAAAGACUAUGCAUGCUGAAAAUUUGUCCAAGAGGGAGAACGUGUCUGAUUUGAUCUCUAUGAGGAUGAUCCUGAAUGAUUCCUUAUCUACCUUCAAUGACGUGAGCAAAGCCAGGACCCACGUUGCUUUGCUUUGGGCUUCACAGGCAAACACCUUGCCUGCUACUUUCUGGAGUCUUUUUUAUAUGAUCAGGAGUCCAGAUGCAAUGAAAGCAGCUCAGCAAGAAGUACAGAAAGUUCUGCAGGCUGCAGGUUUGACAGUUUCCCCCAAUGACCCCAACCUGAACCUGACCAGGGACCAGCUUGACAACAUGCCUGUUUUGGACAGCAUCAUAAAAGAAGCCAUGCGUCUUUCCAGUGCUUCAAUGAAUGUCCGCGUUGCCAAGGAAGACUUCUUGCUUCAUCUUGACAACCAAGAAUCUUACCACAUUAGGAAAGAUGAUGUCAUAGCCCUGUAUCCACCCAUGCUGCACUAUGAUCCAGAAAUCUAUGAAGAUCCCUAUGAGUAUAAGUUUGACCGUUUUCUUGAUGAGAAUGGACAGGAGAAAACCACUUUUUAUCGAAGCGGCCGGCGACUUCGUUACUUUUACAUGCCUUUUGGCUCUGGGGUCACCAAAUGCCCUGGUAGAUUUUUCGCUGUGUAUGAGAUCAAGCAGUUCCUGGCUCUGGUGCUGUCUUACUUUGACAUGGAACUAUUGGAUCCUGCUAUCAAAGUUCCCCCUCUAGACCAGUCCCGUGCUGGUCUAGGAAUCCUCCAGCCUACCUAUGAUGUGGACUUCAGGUAUAAGCUGAAAUCAAGCCAGUAGACUCUUGUCUUGCCAGACAGUGACAAAAGUACAUAUUGUACAUAGUGUAUGUUUAACAGUGUUAUUGAAGUUGACUCAGUGUAUGUAAAUAGUUUGAAUUAUAUGUGUAUAUAUGUAGUUUAUAUAGUUUGUUAUAAUUUGUUGCUGAAGAAUUUUUUUUUCUUUUUUAAUUGGGGGUUGGAUGUUUACCAAUAAAUGAUAACUACACAGCAAA